UCGAGUGUUUAAAGACUUUGGCUUUUUCGAUUCACGCGACGCUUCUGAAACUUUUGCCUGCCUAACGACGUUUGGGGACGAAAUGGGGGAGAAUGAUGUUCAGAUGGAGAGUACUGAGCAAAUGCAGGAGCCUCACGCUUCAAGCUCGGACAACAAAAUCGACUUGUCAUUAGAUGACAUUAUAAAGCUGAAUAAGAAGGAACUGAAUGCGAGCCGAGCUAAAACUAAACGAGCUGCUAACAGGAACAACGUCUUGAAGAAACUCAACCAGGUUCCCCAGCAGCAGAGGGGACUCAGACGAGGAGCGCAGCAGUACCGAGGGCCUGGCAGGGCGAGAGGUUUGAGGAGACAAAUGGGAUCCGGGAGGGACAUGAUAUCGAGAAGGGGUUCAUUAAAUAUAGCUGCUGCCACUGUCACGAGCGGUGAACUGUUUGAUCAGACCACAUUCACAUCGAGGGGGACAUUCAGAGGAAGAGGAAGAGGAAGAGGAAGAGGAGGCGGACUGAGCAGGGGUGCAUUGUCAGCAAGAGGACAGAGGGGUGGAAGACCAUUUCUAUUAGACAGAGGGUUUACUGCUACAAACAGAGCUGAGAAAUUACAAAGGUAUCAGACGAUAAGAAGUCGAAGAACAGCACCAUCUGGCUCCACGCUCACAGUUUCUCUGCCAAAUGCUAAAUCUGCACCUGUCGCUGUGAAGACAUCUAAUCAGGUUAGGAGGGGUGGGGCAGUGUUAAGGGGCAGAUCAUCUGGAGGAUCCAGUACUUCUUCACCUAAGGGGAUUCCUCUGCAAUUUAACUACAAAGCAGCCACUAACCAGACUGCCGUAUACCUUAAUGACCGUUUCACUGACCUGAGGUUAAGAGGGCUAGGACGGGGCUGGGGAAGAGGAAGAGGAGCUCUUGGAGGAGGUGGAAGAGGCAGAGGAAGAGGAAAUAUCAUUGGUGGUGGACGAGUUAGAGGACAAGGAAACAUUAUAGGUGGUGGACGAGGCAGCGGAAGAGGAAAUAUCGUUGGUGGUGGACGAGCUAGAGGACAAGGAAACAUUAUGGGUGGUGGACGAGGCAGAGGAAGGGGUGGGUUUGGUGUGACAAGAGGAGGAAGAGGCUUGAGAAGAGGGAGGGGAGGAGCAAGAGGAGCUGAUCGAACAGUAACUCUUCAGUGAUUACAAUUACAACCAUUCAGUUUUAUGAAGUAGUAGUGUUUACUGUUUGUGCUGCACUGAAAUUUUCACAACCAACAAUAUUGGGGCGAAACAGAAAAGAAAUAAUAUAAGUUUCAUCUGAAAUAGUUUUGGAGGCCCGAAAUCAGUGACGUUUAACUACAGCUGGUAACAGUCCAAUUACCAAAAUUUAACUGACACAAUUUUUUUCAGCUUCAGUUUUCAGGUAAAUGUUUAGUUUUGCUAACAAUAAUGAAAAAAAAAUAUUUAUAUAUAUAAUUUGGGUGCAUCUCUUUUUGCUGUAAUGAUGUCCUUCAACUAAAUAUUUAAAAGAUUUCUGUCAGUGUAAAAAUGUUACUUACC